AUGGAAGUGACUUCACCUUCUAAGCUAACUGUAUUUCCAGGAAACGAAGUAGUUAGUCUCAAAGGACUCACCAAAGUUGCUGUACAGAAUGCAGUAAAAGAUGUUACUGAAAUACAUGAUCACAUCAAGUUGUUGUUGACAACAACUUCAGAUAAAUCCAGUUUGACAAACCUGAAACAUUGUUCUCAUUUCUACAAAUCUGCAAUGAACGAUAUUAAGGACUCCAUGGCAGCUUUGGGUACCAAAGGUGACAAGGAUGCCAAUGAAUACAUCGCGGCUGCUGCGAACAUUGCAGAGAAAUGCGAAAUUGAAUUCAGGAAAUCAAGCAGAACCUCUCCAUUGACCAAUUUGAAAACAAAGUUUAAGAACCUAUGUACUAUUGGUUUAGCACUCACCUUUCAGAUGGGUUAUUUGCAUGGGCACGUUCCAUUUUACUUUGUCCUAAUUCUUCUCCUCUCUUCUAAUCAUAUCCUUGCUAAUGCCCACAAAGGUCCCAUAUCUGAAAGUAAACCAGCAACUGUAAAUGUAUUCGAAGCCAUAGCCAAAGUUUUAGAAACGAAUCCAUUAACAAAUACUGAUUUCAAAGUCCUAGCCAAGCUUGAAUUAAAGAAUGCGAUAGCAAAUGGUACUUCAAUAUAUGACCGCAUCAGCUUGGAGUUAAGUAAAACUUCGAAUCCAUACACUAAGAGAUGCCUAACAGGUUGUUCUGCCAACUACAAAGAUGCAAUUGACCUGAUUAAGAAAUCGCUGGCUGCUUUGGAUGCUAAAGGCUACAGUGAUGCUAAAAAAUGGAUCUUGGGUGCCACUGCGUUGUCAUCGGCAUGCGAAGACAGAUUCCAGGAACUAGUGCACAAAAAUUCUCCAAUUGCUGAUAUGAAAACAAAGUUUGACUGGCGAUGUCUAAGGAGUAAAAGACUCAUCAAUUCCUUGGCUAAAAAGGAACGUUUGAUAAGUACUGCAGUUUGUAUUGAACCCUCAGGCAAGGACAUGUGCAUAUCUACGGUUGAAUUCAUCCUGGAAAACAAAGGACUUGGCCUCCCAGGCAUGACCAAACUUGCAGUAGAGAAAGCUUUAGAAGAUGGUAACAAAAUCUACAACCACAUCAACGUGCUGUUAAGAACAACUUCAGAUAAAUACGUUCAGGAAAACCUAAAAAGUUGUUCUGAGUUCUACCAGACUGCAAUUGAAAAGAUGAAGGACUCGCUGCCAGCUUUGGAUUCUAAACGUUACGCUGAUGCUAAUAUUUGGGUUGGAGCUGCCACAGACUGGGCGAACACAUGUGAGGAUAUGUUCACUGAAAAAGCAACAGUAGCAUCUCCUUUGACCGCUAUGAAACCAGAGUUUGAGAAGCUAGUUGGUAUUGCUUUAGCUCUCAUCAAUUCAAUAGCUGGAAAUUAA